AUGUCCUUUUGGCACAGCGUCUUCGACGGCACCGGGGCUGAUUCUAUCCUCGAAGCGGUUGCUGAAUGCUGCAAGGCAGCCAACGAAGAGCACGAAACUCCUUUCGUGCAGAGCCUCGCAAAAACCCACGUUUACCUACGUAACAUGGUAUCGACCUUCCCAUCCAAGCGAACGCAUCUCGAUCACAGCGUUGAGCUGGGCACGCCUAUUUUUAACCCCAACUCUUCCACCGAGCACCGGGUUCAGUCCCCGCGACCAAAGACCUACCUGGGGAACUCGAUUUCCCCCAUCCACGACGAGAUCUACUUUGAAGACAUGGCAGGCCAUACUGGCGACGAUGCAGACCUUCCCCACCUGGUCCAUCUGACGCUGGGGUUUCGCACCAAGCUUGCCUCAAUGGACGAGACGCUCAUGUAUAGCGCGUCCGCCGACUAUGACGACUGGACCAAGAUUGAAGCAGGGCCCGCGGGUAUCAUUGCAACCAGUUGGAGGGGCCUCAAGGUCUUUUAA